GAUUGGGAAACCAAAGGGUAGUCUCGGAGGAACCAAACGCACGCACGGGGACCAACGCGACAAAGCCAGGAAGUGGAGGCCGGCGUGCGGAUGCGUGAUGCGGAGAGAGAAACCACUCUUCUACCAAACCCUUGCCCCAGCCAUGGAACUCGCUCGCCGAGCCGCUCAUCGGGCCGACGCCGGCGACAUCUACGGCAUUCCCACCCCUUCCGCUGAUGAGCAGAUGACGAUACAAGAGCUCCACCGGGAACUCUUGCACGAGAAAAUCCGCCAGCGAAUCAUCGUGGACGAACUGGCCAAGCAGCAGGAGCUGGAGGCUGAGUUCCAGCGCGAACUCUUGAACAGUGAUGUUGAUGCCAGGUUCCGGCAGAUCACAAUGCCCCACCAUGGCACAUCCCCUUUGCCUCAUGAUGAGCCACUGGAUGUACCCGUGUCGAUUGCGAGGCGGCCCAUCAAAGAUCGGACCGUGGAAUGGGAUCGACCUCCACGGUGCAGGCCGGCGAACGAGGAGGAUGCACCGAUCGUUGGGGCUAAGCAGCACAAAAAUGCACUCUCUGGGAUGAAGAGGAAACGGACUGCAGAAACUCCAUCGUUGAUUUGCAGCAUCUGCGACGCAAAAUGCUAUCGUGAAACAGAUUUACAGAAUCACUUAAGAGGCAGAAGGCACCAAGAGAACAUAGAAGCUCUGCAGGGAGAAGGCAAGGGAGCUGAAGCGAGGCUACAUGAAAAAGAAGUGCCCCAGCUUGCAGACAAAAACCUGAAACCAAUGCCAACAUGGUUUUGCAGCAUCUGCGAUGCUAACUGUACAUCUCAGUCUGACCUCAAGAAUCACCUCCGAGGCAGAAGGCACCAACAGAACAUAGAAGCUCUGCAAGGAGAUGGCAAGGACCCUGAAGUGUCAAGAUGGAUGUGCAGCAUCUGCAAUGCUAACUGCACAUCUCAAUCUGACCUUGAGAGUCACCUCCGAGGCAGAAGGCACCAAGAGAACAUAGAAGCUCUGCAAGGAGAUGGCAAGGACCCUGAAGUGUCAGGAUGGAUGUGCGACAUUUGCAAUGCUAAUUGCACAUCUCAAUCUGAUUUCGAGAGUCACCUCCGAGGCAGAAGGCACCAAGAGAAGAUAGAAGCUCUGGAAGGAGAUGGCAAGGACCCUGAAGUGUCAAGAUGGAUGUGCUACAUUUGCAAUGCUAACUGCACAUCUCAAUCUGAUUUCGAGAGUCACUUCCGAGGCAGAAGGCACCAAGAGAACAUAGAGGCUCUGCAAGGAGGUGACAAGGACCCUGAAGUGUCAAGAUGGAUGUGCGACAUUUGCAAUGCUAAUUGCACAUCUCAAUCUGAUUUCGAGAGUCACCUCUGA